UAUUAUAACUUUGGAUUAGGUAUAGCAAAACGCUUCAAGUUCUAUUAUGAAAAAUCAUAUAAUAUAAAUAACGCUAAUAGUGAAGUUAAAAAAGAAAUUGAAAAACAACUUCCUGAUGGUACUUCUGAAACUACUAUUCGGAAAAGAAAAGAAAGAGCCCAAAAGAUUUUCCACCUCUUUAGUAAGAUAGAAAUGGAUAAAAUAGGACGAGUGAAGUCUUUUUCUGCAAUGACAAUUGCUAAAUUAACCGUGUAA